UCCUUAUGCAGGCUGAUCCACAGUCGAGGCCCUUAGUGUUGAAAUGUAACCUCACCAUGGGUUUCUGUUCAGACCUUUGGGACCACCAGCAGACCUGCACCUGGGGACCUGCAGCGGACUUACCAUUAGGGAUAGGCAGGCAAUUGCCUAGUUUCCCCAACUCUCUGGGGCCCAGAGCAAAACACUUAAUAAUAGUGUCUAAAUUUAUUUUUAAAAUACCCCAAUGAACUGAAACUGACGAUGUGAAAGUGUAUUGUCCUCCCCCGUUCCUCUGCAGGAAUGGAAUAUUCCAUUAAAACGCAAGUUAGAGGGCAGAGAAUUCAGUUUUGAACGUUUUUAAUUCUGACUUUGCUUGUAAAAAUCCUUUUAGGAUCGGUUCAGCAUCUUUUAGUUCUUUAUUGAAAAACAUUUCAAUCAAUCAGGUGUGGUCAGGGGAGCCAGGUGAAGCAGUGCCUAUCCUGCUGUCAUGAGAUGCAUAGCCUACUAUUAAUAAUAUAAAUAUGUGUCCACUCAUCUCAAAAUUGCUGUAUUUUGUGUAUUUCCUGUUCAAUUUCAGGUCUGCCUUGUAGCAAUUUUUAAAUGAUUUCAGUGGUAGAAAAUGUUGCCCCAAAUGGGUUUGUCUGCAGUUUCUGUGUUCGCCCGCAUUGUUUUAAGUGAUUUACUCUCAAACACAGACAUGCACACACACACACAUCAUUCUCACCCUGUAACAUCUUCCUACACACCUACAGAAUAAAAAGAGGAAACAGGUGUAUAACCACUGCAUAAAACAAACACUCAAUUCCUAGUUUCCCCACGAGUUCAACAAAAAUGUUUCCUCUUGCAUCAGCCGAGGUCUCUGACACAACGGAUCUCCUUCUAAAUUCAUCAUUAAAUUUUUCCUACGGCAACGACUAUGAAGAUGAAAUCUGUGAAAAAGACGAUGUGGUCAAGUUUGGAUCACUUGUCACUCCUGUUUUCUUCUCUGUUGUGAUCGCACUGAGUGUCACAGGAAACAUCCUUGUCCUGGUGAUCCUGGCGUUGUAUGAAAGCCUUAAAUCAUUAACCAACAUCUUCAUCCUCAACUUGGCGAUCUCUGACCUGGUUUUCACCGUGGGUCUUCCCUUCUGGGUCUACUACCACGUCAGGGGGUGGCUGCUCCCAGAGAUUCUCUGCAAGAUUGUGAAUUUUGUUUUUUAUACUGGAUUUUACAGCAGCAUCCUGUGCCUGACCUCCAUGACCAUUUACAGGUACAUGGUCGUGGUGUGUCCGCUCACUGACCGAUGCCGACCAAAACUCAGCACUGGGAUUUUCCUCUCUUUUCUCAUGUGGACCAUCAGCAUAGCAGGAGCCAUGCCCUCCCUGCUCCAGACCUCCAUCACUGAAAUCCACCUCACAGAUGGACACUCUGCGGGCUGUGAAUACAGCUCUGAAUGGUGGAAGAACGCGUCCACCUACCAGCAAAACCUCUUCUUCGUGUUCGCCUUCGCAGUGAUGGCCUUCUGCUACAUUCAGAUCCUACAGAAAAUCAGAAGGACCAGAUCUCGCACGAAGAGCCGAGCGGUCAGGUUGGUCUUCUGCAUCGUGACGGUGUUCUUCGUGGGCUGGGUGCCCUACAACGUGGUCAUCUUUUUGAGGGUUUUGGUUCCUACACUGCCCAAAAUAUCAGAAGAUUGUGACCAAAGCAAAGAGCUGGACUACGCUUUCUACGUGUGCCGGCUCGUCGCCUUCUCUCACUGCUGCCUCAACCCCGUCUUGUAUGUGUUUGUUGGGGUCAAAUUUCGGAGCCAUUUAAAGUCGAUACUGCAGAAAGGCUUCAAGAGGGAAAGUCCGGUCGAAGAACAACAAGUUAAAACCCAAAACUUCAUCUCACAAGGCUCCAUGUACUGAACGGGAACUCCUUCUGUCGUCUCUUCCUGACUUCUCUGACAGUAAACUCUGUAUUCUCGUGUGAACAGAAACUACUUCUUAUCAAAUCCUUUUUUAACAAACUGUUUUUGAUAUUAAUGGAAGAAACUUUCUGUAUUUAUUGUAUUUAUAACAGUUUUGUAAAUGUAUUGGUAUGAAACAUUUUAAAAAAACAUUUAAAUUUGCAUUUAAAUCAAAACAAUCUGUUGAAAUUAAAGUGUAUAAAGAUAAAUUAUAUUAACUCUAGUUUCCGCUCUAAGAAAUGAAAACAUAAUUUAGUGAUUUAAAGACUGAACUUUGCUAAAGCAUUUAUUGUAAAUUACAUCUGAACUGACUUUGUACAUAAAAAUGUCUACAUUCAAAUGACCUGAAUCUUAUGAUGAGGUUAUUCAUAGUUUCCUGUUAUAUAAAAACAGGAAAUGAACUGAUUACGAGACACAGGCAACAGAAAAUCUUUUAUGAACACUUUAUUUUUGAUUUUUCUGAUAAAACUCCAUGAUAAUUAAAGUAUUUUAUCUAUUAUGAAGCUGAGAUGAAAUCAGAUUUAAAAUGAUAGUUGCUAGAGCUGGCGAAACAACCAAAAAAAGUAAAAUCUCUGAUAUUUUUUUAAAUUCCAAAUUCGAUUUUCAAUUUUGUUCUAUUUUUUUCCCUGCUUUUACUUUCUUAAAGAAAUUCAAAUGACAGGAUAUUUUUAAGAAAAACACAUUUUCUUUUGAAAUUGGCUUGAAAACAAAGUGUAACAAAAUAAAAAAAAAUGUGAAAAUGUUUGUAGAACAGAGCAGAAGGCGUUUUGUGAGUAACCACUAGUUGAGGUCUGAUAAAGAGGAACACUGCACGCGCUCAGCAGACACAUUCUGGUAGCAACAGCUCUGAAAUGGAUUUUGCUGGGUGUGGUUUCAUGUUCUAAGUUUUAAGUCUCAACACCAAUGACCAAAAUUACAUUUUUGACCCAUCAGUCAAGUUUGACCAGUAGAUUAAAAAAAAAAAUCUACCGGCCAGAUUAUAACAUUAUUUUACAAAGAAAAACCAUCUGUGUUUUUUUUUUUUUUUUUUUUUUUUAAAUAAAUGAUUUCAUGUUAAAUUCAGAGAGGAAGUCCCAAUUAAAAUGUAAGAUAAAAACUUUCUUUUUUUUAAGGAACUACUGUAUUGAUUUCUAAUCAGUCUUUGCUCUCUUCUUUUGGCGUUAAUAAAGUGUUUUAGUUUCUAUCACCAAUGAGUUGUUUCUGUUUUCAUGCUGAAACCCCCCCCCCAUGAGAAGAGGGGUUUCUGUCAGUCAGCUGUAUUCUAACCCAGAUGAAGAAAAUGACUUUUUUUAGAAAAUAAAAUUACAUAAAAGUAAUUUAUUUAUGGUAUGAAAACAUUUUUGGCAUCAUCUUAACUCUAAAUUCGAACCAAAUAACAAUG